CACUUCUCAUUUCCCCAUUCCCCAUGGCCCACAGGGUCAUCCUCGUCGACAGGCCUUCAUCGCGAGACAGAUUGAACAUCACAAGUCCUCAGCACUACGUUAGCUUUGCUCGUUAAGCACUAGUCAACAUCGCAAAUCGUCCGGUGCUUGACCACAGAGGGAAUCUGGCACAAUCGGCCGGUCCCUUUUCGUGCACCAUCAACAGUGCCAUGAUGCAUCCUUACAAGCACGCACAGCGCUCAGGCAGCAUGGUGGCCAGCGAGUCGAGCGCGAGCGCAACUGCCGUCACCUCUCCAGCCUCGCCCACGUCAGUACAGGCGUCCUCCACGACCGAGUUCCCUUCCAGCCUGGACCAAAUGUCAACCACCGUUGGCAGCCCCUCGUCGUCCAGAACGGUCCGCGCGAUGACGACGCCUUACGUCAAGCCUAGCAAAUGCACCGGCCGUUUCAUCACCACCACUGUCAUGCAGACCAUUUCGCCGGAUUACAAAGCCCCCCCAACAACCACGCAGGUGACACUAUAUCUGUCCGACUCGAGCGGGACAUGUGAAGGCGAUGGCGAAAUAUACAGCCCCGCCGUCUGCCCGAGCAGUUGGACGGCGUGGUGGAUGGGCCCGGCGAUGGUGGGCGGAAGCAAUGACCCGCAAAACCUCUAUUGGGGGAGAUGCUGCGCGGGAGGAUUCACACCAAAUAGUGCGAAGUACGAUCAGGUCGAAGGCGAAACCUACGACUGCGUCUCGGGCGGCCGGGGCACAGUUUACCUGACUGCCACCACGCGCGGGUACAACGAGGACGCGCUCUCCACAUACACCAUUACCAAUUUCGACCAGGUCCACCUCCACAAAGCAUGGGAGAUUCAAUGGAUGCAGUCUGACGUUUCCAAGCUCAGCCCGUCGCCUCCCCCGCUGGGUCUCUGCACCACCACCGCGCUGAGGAGCUGGGCGCCAGGCCUGCCAACGGAUAGCGCCCUCGCUGCCAUGGAGCCCUGCUACCAGCCAUAUGAUGGUUGCUGCGGCGGUGAAAAUGGGCUGUUGUACUUCGUCAUCAUCUUCCCGAUCUGCAUGUUCCUUCUGAUCGCGGGCUGCUGUACGUGGUGCUGGUGCCGUUUCUCGAGGAAGAGGAGGAUUAGCAGGGCUGAGGCCAGAGGAGUUGUGGUGGUCGAAAAUGCUGCGAUGCCAAACAACUCGCAGUCUGGUGUUAGUACAGCGGAGUUGAUGACUAAAUAAAGACAUUCAUGUAGAAGGCGAGUAGAACAACCGGUACCGAGCAGGUCGGGCGGUAGGAGCGAACAGGAUCAGAUGCUUGGAGUCCGAGACCAUGCCGGCUUGAUUUUGUGGCAUGAUGAAGCAGGUAAACCGGUGGCUGCUUUCUUCACCAGGGUUCCGUGGGCUUGUUGAGGCUUUUCAUUGUACUCCAGGAGGAUGCACAUAUUGCGCGCAUGGUUCUACAGAAGAAUGGAUCCUGAGUCCCAAGGAGCCGAGUUCAGCCUCACGCCGGAAGAACGUACUUCCAGGCUGGCUAACUUUAUCCAUUGAGGCCCCCUAGUUCCCCUCGUUUUCCUGGGGUAACUAUAUUAACUUGACAAGGA